AAUUAAUUCCAUCAAGUCUUUUUGAUAAUAGCUUUUUUGGUAGAUUAUAUUUUUUUAUCAUCAGUAUUACCCAAUGGUCAGAUUCUGAGUUAUUUUAUGUACUGAAGAAAGUUAAAGUGAGCUACCAUUUGAAAUUUCUAAAUUUUCCAUGGAUAUGAUGAAAGGCAAUAUUAUUUUAUGUAUGAGCUCAAGAAUGAAUCGAAGAACAUAAUAUGCCUUCGUUUUGGGGACUGCUGCUUAAACUUCAUAAAGUUUCUGGUUAAGAAGGCAAGAAACUUGGAUAGCUUAGUCAAAGUCCGUCGUAGCAAGAGUGUGUUCCCAAGAUAAUGGUAUACUUAGUUGGUUCACUUCUUUGUUAUUGGAUUUGUGAAAAACAUCGUGCCUCUCAAAGGAAUUAAACAUGUUGCUGUUUGUUUGUAGGCACUUCCUCAUUGAGGUAGAUAAAUUUUAAAAAAUGUUUUGGUCAAAGAAUUGAACUAGGAUAAUGGCAGGGAGAACUUUUGAUCUCUAGUGUCAGAGUGAACAAUCUGUAUGCAUUGCUAGUCAUCCUUUAAAAGUUCAUGUCAAGGUUUCCAUCAGGGUGCAUGUCAACUGAGAAAAUUUAUAUGAGUAGUUUGAAAUUCUUAGAUGCUUUUAUUUCUUUAGGUGCUUGUCUUCGUUAAGCUUAUCUGAUGACCACCUUCGUCGAAAUUUUGUGGAAAUGAUUUUGGAUGUCCUCUUUGAUUCUUCGUCUAAUAUAGCUGCUUUGGACCUUUCAGAAAACUAUAUGUCUGGAUGGCCAUCCCAUUUUAAAUGGACGUCUAGACCUGGCAAGCAGUUAUCUUCAGGAAUAGGCAAGUCAUUGCAAUCAUUGCGGGUGCUAAAUCUAAGGAACAAUAAUCUGCAGAGAGAUGACGUAGACUUUCUUAAAUAUGCGCUGGUUUGCAUGCCUAAGUUGGAGAGUCUUGAUUUAAGUGAUAAUCCUAUUGAGGAUGAUGGAAUCAAGAAUAUGAUGCCCUAUUUUGUUGAGAUGUCAGAGAAACCUUUUUCGCUCAUUGAUCUGAAGUUGGGACAAUGUGAGCUUACUUUCAACAGUGUGAGUCAACUUUUAAAUGUACUGUCAAGAUGGAAGAAGCCACUGACCUCCCUCUGUAUUGGAGAGAAUAACCUUGGAAGCAAAAUUGGGGCAUUGUUGGGAAAGUUUCUCUCUAAGGGGCUUCAAUCCCUUGACAUUGAUGAUAUUAAUCUUGGUCCUCCCGGCUUUCAGAAAGCACAAGAUGAAAUAAUGGGGGACCUGAAGCUUGUUUACAUCAAUAUCAGCAAAAAUUACGGUGGGAUUGAAACUGCAAAUUUCCUGUCAAAGCUCAUUUCAUGUGCUCCGGAACUUACUGCAAUCGAUGCCAGAUGUAAUUCCAUGCCUGUGGAAUCCUUGUCAAUCAUUUGCUCCACCUUGAAAGCUAUGAGAGGGAAAGUAGAGCAUCUGGAUUUGAGAGGAAAUACUUCAUUGGUACGAUUUGCUGAUGCUUCUCUGCUGGAUGAACUGAAAAUGAACAGAAAAUCCAUUCUCAAACUUGACUCUUCAUACGACCCAGAUGGCCCUUAUGACCAGGAUCCUUAGCUUUUUUUUUCGAAGGACGGUUGCUCAAAUCUUAAUGAAUGGUAAAGCUGCGGAGAUUAGAGACAUUCAACUUGUCAAUACAUAAAAGCUGUAAAGAAUGUUGACUGUGAUUGAAUUGUUUGACCUUUUAUACAUUCAUCUUACUUUGUUCUUGCUGUUUCA